CCGGUUAGGAUACUCGCGCAGUCUACAAAGAUAUAAUCGAUAUAACAGCAUGAACGGCCAAAACUGGUACAGUCAAGGAUCGCCGGCUCAGGGCAUGCCGUACCCUCCCAACGGCCAAGGAAACGGAGCCGGUCGAUCUCGCCCACCACUUCCUCCUCAAGAGAUGGGCUUUCGCUCGAACCCUGGUGGACCGCCUAUGGGCAUGAACGCAGGACCACCUGUAGGACAGGGAUACGGACCUCGAGGAGGUAACCAGAUGGAUGGUGGUAUGGGUAUGGGGUAUGGGGGAUAUAAUAACAACAACAACGUCGGAGGAGGACCGAAUAUGCCGCCAGGUAAUUUCCGACCGGGUUCUAGUAACCUGCCUCCUCGACCUGCAUACGGGACCCCACCGCAGAAUCAGCAACAGCAACAACCUUCGUAUAUGAAUUCUCCUGUUCCCGGUCCAUCAAAUCCGAACCUUUACAACACCAACACCUCACUUCCUAUCCGACCUGCCGACCCACGCUUGAAUGUCAACACCCCAACCCCGCCGAUCCCCGUUCGACCUCCCUUUGGUACCCCACCUAUCUCCAAUCCCAACUUAGAUUUCAACUCCAACUUGCCACCUCAACCUCCUUCUUUCGGUGCCGGUGGAGGAACACCUCAACAAUCAAUACCACUACCUCGACCUACAUUACCUGUUCCCGGUCGGUCUGAUUCUGACCCUCGACUUGCCGGUCUGUCCGGAGCAGCUGGAACAAUACCGCCUCCGCCUUCGACAAUACCCACAGCAAACACGAAUACAGCUGUCACGUCGACGGCAACCACGACAGCAGCAGGAUCGGGGGAGACGACAGCGGGGAUCAGGAACCGGCCUUUGUUCUGCGUGGUCUGUGCGAGCAACAAUAACCGAUCAAUGGAGGCUCAUAAAGUGCUUGCCCAGGCAAACCACCGCGUAAUUUCCUCCGGUACCGGGUCCGCCGUCCGGCUCCCCGGAGCGGCCAUCGACGAGCCGAAUAUCUACGGGUUUGGAACGCCGUAUGAUACGAUGUACAAGGAUUUGGAGGGGAAAGAUGGCAGAUUAUACUCAGCCAACGGGAUCCUCCAAAUGCUCGACCGUAACCGUCAGAUAAAAGCAGCCCCGGAGAAAUGGCACGAAGCGAAGGAUGUAAUGGCGGACGUGGUCAUCACCUGUGAGGAGCGGUGCUACGACUCCGUUUGCGAAGACCUCUUGAAUCGGGGUGGCAAGGCCAACCGCCCUAUUCAUGUCAUCAACGUCGAGAUCAAGGACAAUCACGAAGAAGCGCGUCAGGCCGGCAAGGCGAUCUUGGUAUUGGCACGUGCGAUCGAAGAGGCAGGGGAUCUUGACGAGGAGAUGGAGGGCAUCCUAGAGAGGCAGCAGGAAGGAUAUCCUCACGUUUUGUUACAUACGGUGGCGUUUGUAUAAAGCUAUGACAAGCCACUAGCUAGCAGGCGAACGUUACAAGGGAUGUUACAUACCGCUGCGACCUGUAACUGAAGAUGAGAACUCAGGAUGCAACCCCACAUAUCGAUCAGGACAAUAUCGCCUUGCAUUGGAUACACCUAUGCUAAGUGGCAUUCAUUCUAAGGUUGGAGACAACGAAAGGGAUCGGGGCGGGGAGGAUAGGGAUCCCCUUUAAGUUGGAAACGGGUCCAAGAAUGUAGAUAACGAGACCGGAGACGAUGAGAACAGGGACCACAAGAACAGAGGCGACGACGACGUCAACAGUGCAGACGAGACUGGCAGCAGUAACUACAACUAGGACAACUAUUAUAGGCAUACGCGGUUUGCGUGAUGUACAUAUGCAUGGUGUAGGUUUUACCUUGCAUGGAGGUCCGUUUGGUGACCCUCUUGGAGAC